AUGGGAGAUUCGCCAUACACCGCGUUAGCUGGAUCUAGUAGCCAGUCGCAAGGCUACCACGAGGGCUUUGUAAGCACUGCUGCUAUAGAGUCACAGCAAGUGAGAGUGAACAAGUAUGAAACUACACUCCCCUUGCGGGUGGAUCUGUUAUCUGCUCUAGCCUACUCCCUUGGACCAAUUUCUGGUGUCAUACUCUUGAUCUUGGAAACCAAAAAUGACUAUGUCCGGUUUCACGCUUGGCAAAGCUCAUUAAUAUUCUCUUUCAUGGUCUUGAUGCACUUUUUCUGGAUGUUCAUAUCAAGUGUCAUCUCUUGGCUGCUUUUCGUGGUCGAUUUGGGCCUCAUUGGAUGGUUAUCCUAUCAAGCGUACAUAAACGGUGACACGCUCUCCAGAUAUGAGUUACCGUAUAUCGGCCAGAUUGCAUCUCGCUGGGUGGACACUGAAUAA